AUGGUGAAGGAAACUGAGUUCUAUGAUGUCCUCAGCGUCAGUCCCUCAGCUUCUGAGGAAGAAAUUCGCAAGGCUUAUUAUAUUAAGGCAAGGCAAGUUCAUCCGGACAAAAAUCCAAACGAUCCUCAGGCUGCUGAAAGAUUUCAGGCAAGUCCACUACUUCUAAUCCUUCUUUUUAUCGUUUGUUUAUCGCUUUUUGAGGUACUAGGUGAAGCUUAUCAAGUUUUGAGUGAUCCAGUACAAAGAGAUGCAUAUGAUCGAAAUGGAAAGUAUUGCAUAUCUAGGGAAACCAUGCUUGACCCCACAGCUGUCUUUGCUUUUCUUUUUGGAAGUGAAUUAUUUGAGGACUACAUAGGACAUCUAGCUGUAGCAUCAAUGGCCUCUUCUCAAUUAGCUGGUGAAGGUGACAGCCCUGAGAAAGUGCAUGAUAAAUUGAAGGCAAGUCUGGCUUCUGCAGUCACAGGCUCACAAUACAUACUCAUAAAAUUACACGGGGUGGCUGUCCAGAAAGAAAGAGAAGAAAAGCUAGCAAAAUCACUCAAAGAUUUUCUUAAUCAAUAUGUUCAAGGUGACAAAGAGGGAUUCUUACAGCAUGCUGAAUCUGAAGCUAGACGACUUUCUGAUGCAGCCUUUGGAAUUGAAAUGCUACACACUAUUGGCUAUGUAUAUUCGAGACAAGCAGCACAAGAGCUUGGAAAGAAAACCAUAUUCCUAGGAGUACCAUUUUUGGCUGAGUGGGUACGGAAUAAGGGACAUUUCUGGAAGUCACAGAUGACUGCUGCAAAAGGUGCUUUUCAGUUGCUCCAACUUCAAGAAGAAAUCCGUCGGCAAUUUAAAAUGGAUGGAAGUGGCCCUGAAAAUAAUGUUGAAUCACAUAUACGCUUAAACAAAGACACACUUUUGAACUCAUUGUGGAAAUUGAAUGUGGUGGACAUUGAAGUAACUCUCAUGCAUGUUUGUCAAAUGAUAACUGGAGAUCCUUCUCAUGAUUCCAAAAUAUGGUUUCAGGUUCUGCGGGAAAAUAAUCUUAGAAAAGAUGAACUUAAAGCUCGUGCUUUGGCACUCAAACACCUUGGAAGGAUAUUUCAGGAGGAAAAGCAGACACGAAAUGGUGGAACUUCAAGAAGAAAAGUUCAGCUGACACAGACGACGAUGGGAGCAGUUCCGAUAGCAGUUCUGAAGAGGAUUCGCCACGACCACUUUCAUAUAGAACUCCUUUUCUCACUCAGGCAUGGUAUUGGCAGGCUCUUCAGGUGCCUUUGCAAUCCAGCAUUUGAUGUUGAUGACGAAGAGAUGUUUACAAAAGCAAAUGAUAUGCAAUGCAUGAGAUUAUAUGUAAAAGAAGGAAAAGUUGACAAGCGCCUCCAUAAGUACUUGAGUUUUUCCAGUGUCUCAGAUGUCAAGUUUCACACAUUGAGGCUACCUAAGCCGGUUCGAGGAGGGCGGGUUUGUGGUUGUUCUAAAGGAUGGUUGGUUAUGAUCAAAGAAAAAGUGUUAAACUCCAAACUGUAUCUCGUAAACCCAAUUUCAAGAGACCAACACCAACUUCCAUCUUUGAGAACAAUUCCAUCUUUCCAUAAGUUCGUAAACACAAACAAGUCGAAACGUGGCGGUGCAUUGCUUUUCUGUAAUUCAUUCGCGUUAUCUAUGUCGGAUGUUAAAUCAAACAACUGUAUUGUUGCAGCAGUUUUUGAUGAGUUGACGUUGGGUUUAUGCAGACCUGGAGACAAAACAUGGAGUGUCUUCCAUGUAUUAGAUGAAAACGAAUAUCUUGAUAAAAUAUUGUUUUCUUCUUCCGGUAUGCUAUACGCCUUGGUUUCUUCGGGUAGUGUUAGUAAGAAUGGCAUCGUUGUUGCGUCUCACAGCUUAAACUUUGGAGAUGAUACAGUGAAAAUUAAAUUGAUUGAUGAUGAGGAAACUGAUGAUGAGGAUGAUGAGGACGAGGACGAGGAAGAGAUUGAUGAUGAGGAUGAUGAGGACGAGGAAGAGAUUGAUGAUGAGGAAGAGACUGAUGAUGAGGAUGAGACUGAUGAUGAGGAUGAGGAAGAGGAGGAAGAUGACAAUAACGAUGAUCAAGAUGAAGGAGUUAAUAAUGGUGAAUUUCACCACGUCGAUAUUGCUUCUGAAGAUGCAUCUGGCUCUAAACCAUAUUUGAGGACAAGUGAAUUUAGAGUAUACAAGGUUGACCAAGAGAAUGACAACUUGGAUAGGGUACAAUGUUUGGGGGACGACCAACUAUUCUUUUGCUCUGAUGCUGAAUGCGUGUCCCUGCAUCCAGCUAGUAAUAUCCAAGGAUUUGACGGAAAUUGCAUUUAUUUUGCAACAAACAACAUAUGGAGGUUACAUUCUUUAGAAACAUAUCAUCUCGUGAGAUUGGUGUAUUCUACCUAG